AGUUUGAUCUGCCAGCAUGUGCAGUGGAGGCUGCUUUGGAGCGGGACUUUGAGCUUCAGGGGUACUUGUUUGAAGCGUCCCCGGAGCAGCUCAGACCCCCGAAAAACGUUUGGGUUCAUUCAGAACCGCAUCGUUCUGCCCACUGAUGCUCUUGUCCUGGAUCAGGUUAGAGAGUAAUGACUACUUGGAUUCAAUCUCUUUACCAACCAAAGCCUGCUACAAUAUUGUUUGCAUCUAUGGCACUCUCUCCUUCUUCUCGUUAUAUGUGCAUGUAAAGUUACAAUUGGGUAAAUCCAUUUGAAUUCAAUCACUUUUUCAAAGCAACCCUUUUGAUUAACUCAAAACAUUCCAUAUUUGCCCAUGGAAAAAGUGGUCAGAAAAUGAUUUUUUUGACCUGAUUGCCAAAACAUUCAGGAAGUAAAGGUGCUCAAAGUUGACCCAUUUUGCAUACCCCACCAAACCAUGAGACAUCCAUGUCUUAAACCUUUAAUGUAAAUUAUCUAAAAACGUGUUAACUCAGAUUUAGUUCAUAUUCACAUAUGUUGUAGCUUAGACCCUAUUUCACAUCAUCUGAGGUUUUUGUGUUGUGCCCGCCAUCGGUUGAGACACAACAUGCUCUUGAAUACAGGGUGGGUGUCAUUUCAACCAUAGAAAUAUAAUUCAUAGAACAGAUCUAUCCCUUCAGACCACUGCAAUUUACUGGUACACCCUUGAAAUUGAAUAGAAAUGUAAACUUCUAAUUACUAUCACAAGAUGACCGCCGGUCAACCCACCAUUGAAUAUCAACUUAAUGGCCAGGUUUCCUAUGGAGGAUUGACAGGACUAGGGUUAGGGUGGUAUGGUGGGGUAUGCAAAAUGGGUCAACUUUGAGCACCUUUAUCUCUUGAAUGAUUUGGCAUUCAGGUCCAAAAAGUCACUUUCUGAGCCCUUCUACAAUGGGAAAAUAUGUAUGGAAGGUUUAGUUCAAAUCAAAAUGGGUGCUGUCAAAUACUUAUUGAAUUUAAAUGAAUUUACCCUUGAAGUCCUUGCUAUGAGCAGUGUUGAGAAGAUGCAUGGGGCUUGUUGACUGAUCUCUGUGUUCAUUAGUGCAGGCUGCUGAGGGGAGGACUGCUCAUAAUAAUGGCCAGAAUGGAGUAAAUGGAAUGGUUUCAAACACAUCAUAUGUUUGAUACCAUUCAAUUCACUCCAUUCCAGCCAUUACACUCCAUCCCAACCGUUAUAAUGAGCUGUCCUCCCCUCAGCAGCCUCCACUGGUGUUCAUCCCUCUGCCCGGAUAACAGCACUCCACAAAAGGAAUGGUGAGAUGGUGGAUGUGGCGGCUCUGUGUGGGGUCAACACUGUCUGCUUUCAGGAGGCCUGGAGUGAGAUUACUGAUCUGUCUUACUGGGGUAGCCUAUUGGAGUUUUCCAUACCUUUUCUUUGUGCAAUCUGUUACAGAGAAUAAGGAUACAAAUUGUGCUUGUUCACUUUACUGUACAGUAACUGUUGACUUGUGGCCUUAUAACAGGGUGAUAUUGGAUCAGCCAGGGUGAUAGCAUCUGGGUAUACGGCAGAAGGUCAAUUUGUCGUUAAUUGGUCAUAGGGAAGUCAACAGCACACCAAACACAGUUUGUUGUCCUAUUUGUUUGGGGUCCUAGACAUCAUUAUGUGAUGAAAGAGGAGUGCCUUACUCUGGCCCAUUGCCCCCUUAGAGUGUCCUAGUACAGCAGAAAUAUACUAAACUCACCCCCAAGUGCUGCACCAGGGAGGUGACCCCCAUCCCCACAACAGUGAUAAGCAUACACAGAGGUUUGCAUCAAAAUGCUUCACAUGGUGUGAAGACAUAUCAUGUGAUAAAUAUUUGGAGCAUAGUAUGCAUAUUGUCUGUCCUCUGAGAUAUAUACUUAUAUGCACAGUUAUGUUUAAGUGCUCUCUAGUGUGUGCCUCAAUUUUACUGCCCUGAGUUUUAAGAGACAAUCCUGCUUUGUUCCCUAUCACAGCUAUGCCCUUUGCCUUCUGUACCGGGGAGAAAGAACAGUGGACAGAGUUUGCAGAGUCUGCAGAAGGGGUAUACACCACCCACUUCUGCCAAGAGGUGAGAGGUCAGGGGUCAUCCAUGGUACAGGAAUGUACCACAUCCAAUGCAAUACUGCUUGUGACUCAUACUCUGAGAACAGUCAGAGUAGUUGCCAUUUAAUAGUAUGGGUAGUAGUAAGUAUACACAAUUUCACUGUGGUUUUACAAAUUCCUGUAGCCCUUUCCUGCAGUCAAAUGACCUAGUGGCCUCAUGGCUGGAAUGUUAUUUUUCAUAAUUAAUACACUUUUCUUUGUUAUAUUUCAGUCUUCUGUGACGUAUAUAAAGUGUAAUAUUGGGAUGCAAACAUUUUUUAAAAUACAUUUCAACUCUAUAUCUGAUGGUACAGGUGUCUUCUUUUUUGUAAGCCCAUAACCAUGUGUGUGAGGUGUAUACUUUUGUUUCAAAGUAGAUUUGUUUGACUACCAAGAAACACUCUGUUUGACCCUGAUUUAGCCCACUGCAGUAAAAGGUUAACAGAUAAGAAACUGUUGUCAAAUAAUGCCAUUGUAUAGAUUAGAGAUUGGUAUUGCUCCUUAGUGUAUUAUUUAGCAUGUGAAAUAAUGUGCCAUUAUGUUUAAUUACAAGGCAUUAUUCUACAACAUUAUGUAGGCCUAAUUGUUGAGAAACAAAGAGUGAUUGUACUCUGGGGUAGUUUGCAUGCUGUCAUCUAAUUCAUGCAUAGUGAAUAAUACAUGUUUGUGGUGGGAGUUCAUGCUCAACUUGGGGGCUAGAACAUAAAAACAGCUCCAGUCUGAGAUGAGCAUUCCAGCACGUAGCUGUGCGCUGUCGUCCACAUACGUCUCUAUGUUUGCAUGUGUGUGUGUGCACGUGUUUGUGCUGAUAGAGAUGGGCAAUUCCAGCCUUUUGUCUUUGUAUGAUGACUCAUGUCUAAAACUCUACUCUUGUUUUCUCUUCAGCUGGCAAAGAAAUACAAAAUGUUAGUGAUAUCGCCCAUUUUGGAGCGAGAAAAGGUACACAAUUUACUUUGGAACACAGCAGUAGUGGUCUCCAACACAGGCAGCGUCCUGGGUAAAACCAGGAAGAAUCAUAUUCCCCAGGUGGGAUACUUCAACAUGGUCGGUUAUCAAUCUUUUUAUAAGUGAUCAAUCAAUGAAACAACUGUAUGUAUAUAGCCCAAUUUGUCACAAAGUGACAAAACAUACAGUAAAUGUCUCACAGCUGACACUAUUGAUCCUCCCUAUGGUGAUCUGUGGCUCUGUCCACAACCAAUCUAUCACCCAGGGAACUGUCUUCAUUCUUACAAUAUGGUUUCCCAGUGAGCCUCAAGGAAUUGAAAAGUGAAACCACACAGGCACUAGUUAAAUCACAGGGUUCAGAGAGAGCUCGUGUAUGUUUGGACAGCACACCUAACCUACUUUACCGUCAUACAGUACAUUCUGAGCUGUCUAUGUCUGAAAGGUUAUGUACAGUUGAAGUCUGAAGUUUACAUACACUUAGGUUGGAGUCAUUAAAACUCGUUUUUCAACCACUCCACUAAUUUCUUGUUAACAAACUAUCUACUUUGUGCAUGACACAACAAUUGUUUACAAACAGAUUAUUUCACUUAUAAUUCACUGUAUCACAAUUCCAGUGGGUCAGAAGUUUACAUACACUAGGUUGACUGUGCCUUUAAACAGCUUGGAAAAUUCCAGAAAAUGAUGUCAUGGCUUUAGAAGCUUCUGAUAGGCUCCUUUUUUUUUUUUUUUUUUUUUUCACCUUUAUUUAACCAGGUAAGCCAGUUGAGAACAAGUUCUGGCCAAGAUAAAGCAAAGCAGUGCGAUAAAAACAACAACACAGAGUUACAUCAUUUGAGUCAAUUGGAGGUGUACCUGUGGAUGUAUUUCAAGGCCUACCUUCAAACUCAGUGCCUCUUUGCUUGACAUCAAUGGAAAAUCAAAAGAAAUCAGCCAAGACCUCCGAAAAAAAUGUGUAGACCUCCACAAGUCUGCUUCAUCCUUGGGAGCAAUUUCCAAACGCCUGAAAGUACCACGUUCAUCUGUACAAACAAUAGUACGCAAGUAUAAACACCAUGGGACCACGCAGCCGUCAUACCGCUCAGGAAAGAGACGCGUUCUGUCUCCUAGAGAUGAACGUACUUUGGUGCGAAAAGUGCAAAUCAAUCCCAGAACAACCGCAAAGGACCUUGUGAAGAUGCUGGAAGAAACAGGUACAAAAGUAUCUAUAUCCACAGUAAAACGAGUCCUAUAUCGACAUAACCUGAAAGGCCGCUCAGCAAGGAAGAAGCCACUGCUCUAAAACCGCCAUAAAAAAGCCAGACUACGGUUUGCACCUGCACAUGGGGACAAAGAUCGUACUUUUUGGAGAAAUGUCCUCUGGUCUGAUGAAACAAAAAUAUAACUGUUUGGCCAUAAUGACCAUCGUUAUGUUUGGAGGAAAAAGGGGGUUACUUGCAAGCCAAAGAACACCAUCCCAACCAUGAAGCACGGGGGUGGCAACAUCAUGCUGUGGGGGUGCUUUGCUGCAGGAUGGACUGGUGCACUUCACAAAAUAGAUGGCAUCAUGAGGAAGGAAAAUUAUGUGGAUAUAUUGAAGCAACAUCUCAAGACAUCAGUCAGGAAGUUAAAGCUUGAUCGCAAAUGGGUCUUCCAAAUGGACAAUGCAUACUUCCAAAGUUGUGGCAAAAUGGCUUAAGGACAACAAAGUCAAGGUAUUGGAGUGGCCAUCACAAAGCCCUGACCUCAAUCCUAUAGAACAUUUGUGGGCAGAACUGAAAAAGCGUGUGCGAGCAAGGAGGCCUACAAACCUGACUCAGUAACACCAGCUCUGUCAGGAGGAAUGGGCCAAAAUUCACCCAACUUAUUGUGGGAAGCUUGUGGAAGGCUACCCAAAACGUAUGACCCAGGUUAAACAAUUUAAAGGCAAUGCUACCAAAUACUAAUUGAGUGUAUGUAAACUUCUGACCCACUGGGAAUGUGAUGAAAGAAAUAAAAGCUUAAAUAAAUAAUUCUCUACAUUUUUAAAUGGCAAAUAUACUGUACUGGAUGCAGAUAUGUACAGACUUUUGGUUGGACUUUUUCCCCCCUCCCUAACUCAGUCCACAUUUUACAUGGAGUGCGACACUGGUCACAGAGUGUUUCAGACCCACUUUGGAAAGAUUGCUGUGAACAUCUGCUAUGGGCGCCAUCACCCUCUCAACUGGUUCAUGUACAGUAUGAAUGGAUUUAGAUUUGAUGUUUGAUUUAUUACGAUCCCCAUUAGCCGACGCUAAUGGCGACAGCUAGUCUUACUGGGGUCCGACACAUAACGAAAAAUACAUUACAGACAAAAUACUUUACAAUUUACAUACAUUUAAAAACAUGAACAUGUAGUGUUUGUGUGUGCAUCUAUCAGUUACACAUACAUGUCAGUACAAACACACAACAAGUAGGUCACAUGGGAAAGAGGCGUUGUGCCGUGAGGUGUUGCUUUAUUUGUUUUUUGAAACCAGGUUCACUUGCGCUAUAUAAGAUGGAAGGGAGCUCCAUGCACUCAUGGCUCUGUAUAAUACUGUACGUUUCCUUGAAUUUGUUCUGGUCCUGGGGACUGUGAAAAGACCCCUGGUGGCAUGUCUGGUGGGGUAAAUGUGUGUGUCAGUGCUGUGUGUAAGUUGACGAUGCAAACAAUUUGGAAUUUCCAACACGUUAAUGUUUCUUAUAAAGACAAGAAGUGACACAGUCACUCUUUCCUCAACUCUCAGCCAAGAGAGACUGGCAUAAUAUUAGCCCUCUGAUUACAAUGAAGAGCAAGACGUGCCGCUCUGUUCUGGGCCAGCUGCAGCUUAACUAGGUCUUUCUUUGCAGCACUUGACCAUAAGACUGGAUAAUAAUCAAGAUAAGAUCAAACUAGAACCUGCAGGACUUGCUUUGUGGAGUGUGGUGUCAAAAAAGCAGAGCAUCUCUUUAUUACGGACAGACCUCUCCCCAUCUUUACUACCAUUGAAUCUAUAUGUUUUGACCAUGACAGUUUACAAUCUAAGGUAACACCAAGUAAUUUUGUCUCCUCAACUUGUUCAACAGCCACACCAUUCAUUACCAGAUUCAGCUGAUGUCUAGAACUUAGGGAAUGAUUUGUACAAUGCUCUUAGUUUUAGAGAGGUUCAGGACCAGUUUAUUACUGGCCACCGAUUCCAAAACAGACUGCAACUAUUUGUUAAGGGUUUCAGUGACUUCAUUAGCUGUGGUUGUUGAUGCGUAUAUGGUUGAAUCAUCAGCUUACAUGGACACACAUGCUUUGUUUAAUGCCAGUAGGAGGUCAUUGGUAAAAAUAGAAAAGAGUAGAGGGCCUAGAGAGCUGCCCUGCGGUACACCACACUUUACAUGUUUGACAUUAGAGAAGCUUCCAUUAAAGAAAUCCCAGAGUUAUAUUAGAUAGAUAGCUCUGAAUCCACAAUAUUAUUAUGGCAAAGGCUGCACUGAAAUCUAACAGUACAGCUCCCACAAUCUUCUUCUUAUUGAUUUAUUUCAACCAAUCAUCAGUAAUUUGUGUCAGCGCAGUACAUGUUGAGUGCCCUUCUCUAUAAGCAUGCUGAAAGUCUGUUGUUAAUUUGUUUACAGAGAAAUAGCAUUGUAUUUGGUCAAACACCAUUUUUUCCAACAGUUUGCUAAUAGCUGGCAGCAAGCUGAUAGGUCUGCUGUUAGAACCAGUAAAGGCCGCUUUACCACUCUUGGGUAGCGGAAUGACUUUGGCUUCCCUCCAGGCCUGAGGACAAAGACUUUCCUCUAGGCUCAGAUAUAUAAGCAGAGAUCUUCAACCCUUCUGCUACUGUUGGAAGACUCAGUGAGCCCAUGUGGAGCUAUAGCAAACCAUUGCUUCACCUGUGGAAUAAACCGUGUUGGGACAGUAAAUACCACCAAAGACGGGUGUAUGUUGUUCCACAUGAUCUCUUUUACAACCACUUAUUAUUGAGCCAAGUCCUAGGGGCAUUGAAACAUCUAUUCUAUGCUGCCCCCUACUGCCUCCAUAGUCCAAUUAUCCAUGAUAUACUGGUAUCCUCUCUUUUGUAUGUAGCCUCAUACAGUAUGCCACUGCCAGACUUCACAGCUGGUGAACACAACUACAUUAUGUAUGAGCCAUCAUAAUGCUGUUUUCUAACUAAUCUCUCUUGUUUUAUGUAGGAUCACUUUAACAAUGAGUUCCCCUCUGGGAAUGGAAAAAAAGGUAUGAAUCUUUCACUGUUUUUUUUAGAAAAGUGUAGUAUCAUGCAUAUUACUUUGUCCUCUCCUGCCUGUGACAAAAUAUAGUCAUUUGCAUAUCAGUUUUACAACUAAGUACUCAAUUAACACUGCGUCUUUCUGUCAAGAAUUUGACAUGGAUGUCUGCAUGAAUAGAGAUACUUCUAAAUAAGUAAAGCAUACAAAAGGUAUAUCCAGAAAUGGGUGCGGUCUAUACCAGCGUCAUUGAUAGUGAGCCUCGAUGGCAUAGACCCAUGUUUGAUAUACAGUUGAAAUCGGAAGUUUACAUGCACCUUAGCCAAAUACAUUUAAACUCAGUUUUUCACAAUUCCUGACAUUUAAUCCUAGUAAAAAUGCCCUGUCUUAGGUCAGUUAGGAUCACCACUUUAUUGAAAGAAUGUGAAAUGUCAGAAUAAUAGUAGAGAGAAUGAUUUAUUUCAAAUUUUAUUUCUUUCAUCACAUUCCCAGUGGGUCAGAAGUUUUAAAUGUUUCUAAGCCUCUUUCUUUUCAUUCUUAUUCAUGGUGCAUUUUGCAUACAAAUGAAUAAUGUCAUUCUUGCCAGAGUUUUACUUGGUAAUAAGAAGACCAAGAGAUCCAUGUUUCCUUUUGUUUUGUCUUAUUCUGUUUUUAAGAAGUCAUGAUUGCCACUUCAUUGCCGAAGGAAUAUCUUGAAAUAAAAACGUGUCAUGUUGAUUUGAUACUGAUAAUUGAAAGAUUAUGGUAUAGUGUAGGGAAGUAGACCAAAUGCACAUUAUUAUGAUAAUCAACAAUUAUAAAAAGGUAAAAAAAGAAAGGUUUUAUAUCUGUAUUUACAGUUGAAGUAGGAAGUAUACACCUUAGCCAAAUACAUUUCAACUCAGUUUUUCACAAUUCCUGACAUUUAAUCCUAGUACAAAUUCCCUGUCUUAGGUCAGUUAGGAUCACCACUUAAUUUUAAGAAUGUGAAAUGUCAGAAUAAUAGUAGAGAGAACGAUUUAUUUCAGCUUUUAUUUCUUUCAUCACAUUCCCAGUGGGUCAGAAGUUUACAUACACUCAAUUAGAAUUAGGUAGCAUUGCCUUUAAAUUGUUUAACUUGGGUCAAACGUUUCGGGUAGCCUUCCACAAGCUUCCCACAAUAAGUUUUGGCCCAUUCCUCCUGACAGAGCUGGUGUAACUGAGUCAGGUUUGUAGGCCUCCUUGCUCGCACACGCUUUUUCAGUUCUGCCCACAAAUGUUCUAUAGGAUUGAGGUCAGGGCUUUGUGAUGGCCACUCCAAUACCUUGACUUUGUUUUCCUUAAGCCAUUUUGCCACAACUUUGGAAGGAUGCUUGGGGUCAUUGUCCAUUUGGAAGACCCAUUUGCGACCAAGCUUUAACUUCCUGACUGAUGUCUUGAGAUGUUGCUUCAAUAUAUCCACAUAAUUUUCCUUCCUCAUGAUGCCAUCUAUUUUUUUGUUUUUUGGGGGGUAUUUUACCCCCUUUUUCUCCCCAAUUUCGUGGUAUCCAAUUGGUAGUAGUUACAGUCCCUGUCCCAUCGCUGCAAUCCCCGUACGGACACGGGAGCGGCGAAGGUUGAGAGUCGUGCGUCCUCCGAAACACAACCCAACCGAGCUGCACUGCUUCUUGACACAGUGCCCGCUUAACCCGGAAGCCAGCCGCACCAAUGUGUCGGAGGAAACACCGUACACCUGGCGACCGAGUCAGUGUGCACUGUGCCCGGCCCGCCACAGGGGUCGCUAUAGCGCGAUUGGACAAGGACAUCCCUGCCGGCCAAACCCUCCCCUACCCUGGACGACGCUGGGCCAAUUGUGCGCCGCCCCAUGGGUCUCCCGGUUGCGGCCGGCUACGACAGAGCCUGGACUCGAACCAGGAUCUCUAGUGGCACAGCUAGCACUGCGAUGCAGUGCCUUAGACCACUGCGCCACUCGGGAGGAUGCCAUCUAUUUUGUGAAGUGCAGCAAAGCACCUCCACAGCAUGACACUGCCACCCCCGUGCUUCACGGUUGGGAUGGGGUUCUUCGGCUUGCAAGCAACCCCCUUUUUCCUCCAAACAUAACAAUGGUCAUUAUGGCCAAACAGUUCUAUUUUUGUUUCAUCAGACCAGAGGACAUUUCUCCAAAAAGUAUGUCCCCAUAUGCAGUUUUUAUGGCAGUUUUGGAGCAGUGGCUUCUUCCUUCCUGAGCGGCCUUACAUAUUAUGUCGAUAUAGGACUCGUUUUACUGUGGAUAUACAGUGGGGGAAAAAAAGUAUUUAGUCAGCCACCAAUUGUGCAAGUUCUCCCACUUAAAAAUAUGAGAGAGGCCUGUAAUUUUCAUCAUAGGUACACGUCAACUAUGACAGACAAAAUGAGAUUUUUUUUCUCCAGAAAAUCACAUUGUAGGAUUUUUUAUGAAUUUAUUUGCAAAUUAUGGUGGAAAAUACGUAUUUGGUCAAUAACAAAAGUUUCUCAAUACUUUGUUAUAUACCCUUUGUUGGCAAUGACACAGGUCAAACGUUUUCUGUAAGUCUUCACAAGGUUUUCACACACUGUUGCUGGUAUUUUGGCCCAUUCCUCCAUGCAGAUCUCCUCUAGAGCAGUGAUGUUUUGGGGCUGUCGCUGGGCAACACGGACUUUCAACUCCCUCCAAAGAUUUUCUAUGGGGUUGAGAUCUGGAGACUGGCUAGGCCACUCCAGGACCUUGAAAUGCUUCUUACGAAGCCACUCCUUCGUUGCCCGGGCGGUGUGUUUGGGAUCAUUGUCAUGCUGAAAUACCCAGCCACGUUUCAUCUUCAAUGCCCUUGCUGAUGGAAGGAGGUUUUCACUCAAAAUCUCACAAUACAUGGCCCCAUUCAUUCUUUCCUUUACACGGAUCAGUCGUCCUGGUCCCUUUGCAGAAAAACAGCCCCAAAGCAUGAUGUUUCCACCCCCAUGCUUCACAGUAGGUAUGGUGUUCUUUGGAUGCAACUCAGCAUUCUUUGUCCUCCAAAAAGGCGAGUUGAGUUUUUACCAAAAAGUUCUAUUUUGGUUUCAUCCGACCAUAUGACAUUCUCCCAAUCCUCUUCUGGAUCAUCCAAAUGCACUCUAGCAAACUUCAGACGGACCUGGACAUGUACUGGCUUAAGCAGGGGGACACGUCUGGCACUGCAGGAUUUGAGUCCCUGGCGGCGUAGUGUGUUACUGAUGGUAGGCUUUGUUACUUUGGUCCCAGCUCUCUGCAGGUCAUUCACUAGGUCCCCCCGUGUGGUUCUGGGAUUUUUGCUCACCAUUCUUGUGAUCAUUUUGACCCCACAGAGUGAGAUCUUGCGUGGAGCCCCAGAUCGAGGGAGAUUAUCAGUGGUCUUGUAUGUCUUCCAUUUCCUAAUAAUUGCUCCCACUGUUGAUUUCUUCAAACCAAGCUGCUUACCUAUUGCAGAUUCAGUCUUCCCAGCCUGGUGCAGGUCUACAAUUUUGUUUCUGGUGUCCUUUGACAGCUCUUUGGUCUUGGCCAUAGUGGAGUUUGGAGUGUGACUGUUUGAGGUUGUGGACAGGUGUAUUUUAUACUGAUAACAAGUUCAAACAGGUGCCAUUAAUACAGGUAACGAGUGGAGGACAGAGGAGCCUCUUAAAGAAGAAGUUACAGGUCUGUGAGAGCCAGAAAUCUUGCUUGAUUGUAGGUGACCAAAUACUUAUUUUCCACCAUAAUUUGCAAAUAAAUUCAUUAAAAAUCCUACAAUGUGAUUUUCUGGAUUUUUUUUCCUCAAUUUGUCUGUCAUAGUGGACGUGUACCUAUGAUGAAAAUUACAGGCCUCUCUCAUAUUUUUAAGUGGGAGAACCUGCACAAUUGGUGGCUGACUAAAUACUUUUUGUCCCCCACUGUAGAUACUUUUGUACCUGUUUCCUCCAGCAUCUUCACAAGGUCCUUUGCUGUUGUUCUGGGAUUGAUUUGCACUUUUCGCGCCAAAGUACGUUCAUCUCUAGGAGACAGAACGCGUCUCCUUCCUGAGCGGUAUGACGGCUGCGUGGUCCCAUGGUGUUUAUACUUGCGUACUAUUGUUUGUACAGAUGAACGUGGUACUUUCAGGCGUUUGGAAAUUGCUCCCAAGGAUGAAGCAGACUUGUGGAGGUCUACAUAUUUUUUUCGGAGGUCUUGGCUGAUUUCUUUUGAUUUUCACAUGAUGUCAAGCAAAGAGGCACUGAGUUUGAAGGUAGGCCUUGAAAUACAUCCACAAGUACACCUCCAAUUGACUCAAAUUAUGUCAAUUAGCCUAUCAGAAGCUUCUAAAGCCAUGACAUCAUUUUCUGGAAUUUUCCAAGCUGUUUAAAGGCAGUCAACUUAGUGUAUGUAAACUUCUGACCCACUGGAAUUGUGAUACAGUGAAUUAUAAGUGAAAUAAUCUGUCUGUAAACAAUUGUUGGAAAAAUUGCCUGUGUCAUGCACAAAGUAGAUGUCCUAACCGACUUGCCAAAACUAUAGUUUGUUAACAAGAAAUGUGUGGAGUGGUUGAAAAACGAGUUUUAAUGACUCCAACCUAAGUGUGUGUAAACUUCCGACUUCAACUGUAUGAGCAACACCCCAGUGCAAUGUGUCUGUUUUCCAUUUACACUCUGUAUCCAGAACAGGCCUGGGGCCAGCUGCCAUGUUAACAAGUGUCAUGUUGCUGAACGUUAGCCUCACAGCACAUUCAUAUCCAUAGACCUCAUUACCCAUGCAUAAAGUUGCAGGUUGUCUACCUGUGAAACAGACACAAUAGGCCACCUGUCAUUCAGAUGGGAUUCCUCUGACUAGUUUUGUUGAAGAGCUAAUUGUCAAGUAGAGUCCUGUCUUUGUUCCUUAUAGCUCACUAAGAUUUUGGACACUUCUAUGGGUCAAGCUAUGUGGCCGCUCCUGAUGGUAACCGCUCUCCAGGCCUGUCCCGAACCUGUGACGGUCUCCUGGUGACCGAAAUGGAUCUCAACCUGACCCAGCAAAUCAGUGACAAAUUUAGUUUU